GCAGCGCCGGUAUGCAGUCAUGCAUUGACUGGUUUUUGGAUAACACAUGCGCUGACUCCCGUCUGUUUGGCCAAGGCACCCCCCGCCCGGAUUCCCUCUACCGCUUCUUGCAGCGCAUUCUACACCAGAACGGCGUCGAUUACAUCGUGGCCCCCUACAGUGCUGCCGCUCAGGUAAGAAGUAACACGCUAGGAAUCUGAAGUGUAUCAUCUCACACUCCGCUCCGUCUCGCAUAGCUUGCCUACCUGACCAAAGGCCCGAACCCC